GUAAAUGAUGAAGGCGAGGAAGGAGAAUGGAGAGCAUGCGCCACGUGGAGAUGAGUGGGAGAUUACUGGAGGUGUGGCCUCAGGUGACCCGCCCGGCACCACGCGCUUCGCCGGCACCAUCGGGAACGUGACCGUCACCGUGGGCCGCGAUGCCUCGCUCUCCUGCACUGUCGAGGACCUGGGCGAACACAAGGUGGGCUGGAUACACCUGAAGCGGCAGAUGAUCGUGGCCGUGCACACGCGCCUCAUCGCCCGCAUCUCGCGCUACUCCGUGACGCACGACUCCCACAAGACCUGGACGCUGCACAUCACGGGCGUCACGGAGGAGGACAGCGGCUACUACAUGUGCCAGAUCAACACCGACCCGGCCAUCUCACAAGUCGGGCUGCUGCAGGUGGUCGUGCCGCCGAGCAUCGUGGACGAACAGAGCAGCAGCAGCGAGAUCCAGGUCCGCGAGAAGGCCAACGUGACCCUGCACUGCGCCGCCCGGGGAGUGCCUGAGCCGCGGAUCAUGUGGAAGCGAGAGGACAAGGCCAUGAUCGUCACCAACACCAGGAACCCGGAGGAGGUGCACAACGGGCCGACCCUCGCCCUCCGCCAGGUGAGCCGGACACACAUGGGCGCCUACCUGUGUAUCGCCUCUAACGGUGUGCCGCCCUCCGUCAGCAAACGCAUCACCUUGGACGUGGAGUUCCCGCCGCAGAUUCACGUACCCAAUCAGCUGGUCGGUGUUCCCACGGGCGACAACGUGACCAUAGAGUGCUUCGUGGAGGCGUUCCCCAAGGCCAUCAGUUACUGGGUGGGGAAGGGCAUGAUGAUCCUCAACUCGGAGAAGUACCGCUCGGAGACCAUCGAGACGCUCUACUCCAUCCACAUGAAGCUCACCAUCUUCAACUUUUCGCGCGACGACAACACGACCUACCAGUGCGUCGCCAAGAACUCCCUGGGCGAGACGGAGGGCGACAUCAAGCUGAACGAGAUCUACAUUCCCCCUAAGGCCAAGGAAAUCCGAAGCGGAAAUUCCAAAAACGAAGACCUGAAAGAGCAGAGUCCCCGCCACGACAAGGAAGACGACCACCCCCACAACCACAACCUCAACCACCACCUCCUCCACAACCUCCACGACAACGACAAGAAACUGGUGGACGACUCGCACGACAGCUCCCCCCCAGUCCCCCAGUCCGCCCACCCCCCCAGCGGCCACGACGUGAUGAAGCCGGAGAUGACACAUGAGGGAAGCAUCUCCUCCGCUCCUGCAGCCUCCACGCCCCAACAUCUCCUCCUCCUCCUCCCGCUCCUCCACCUCCUCCCGCUCCGCCGCCGCCACACAUUAGUUGAUAAGUAGUCGGUGCUCCACCAGAUGGCUCUCGUCGGGGCGGGGACGGAGAGGGACAGUGAUGGUGAGAUAUGGUGAAGCGUGACGGUGUGGACGUGUGUGGCGGAGGGAUGAAGACGGAUGGUGAAGAGGAUGCUGGUGACGGCGGUGGUGAUGGUGAGGGAUUGUAUAAUGUGGUGAUGGUGAUGGUGAUAAAGAUAGUGAUGAUGGUGAUUGUGGCGUUAAGGAAAAAGUGAUGGAGGUUGAAAAGAGAAGAGAAAAGAGAACAGAAAGAGGAUUAAAAGAAAAAUGAUGAAGUAUAUUGAUGGUGUUGUUAAAAAAGAUGCUACAGUUUUAUCAUUAUUAUUAUUAUUAUUAUUAUUAUUAUUAUUAUUAUUAUUAUUAUUAUUAUUAUCAUUAUUAUUGUGGAUGCUGUUGGUAUUAUUGAUUUUAUUCAUGCUUUUUAAGAUUGUAUGUUACUGACGUAUUCCAAUGUGUGUGUGUGUGUGUGUAUGUGUGUGUGUGUGUGUGUGUGUGUGUGUGUGUGUGUGCGUGUGUGUGUGUUAUACGAUAAUGAGUAAGAGAUACGGUAUGAAUCCUCAUUCUCCACCUCCUCCUCCUCCUCCUCCUCCUCCUCCUCCUCCUCCUCCUCUUUCUCCUUCUUCUGCUCCUACUUCCGUUUUCCUUUUUUUAUUUCAUUUACUUUGUGACCUUGUCCUUGUUUCAUUCCCCAGAAACACACACACACACACACACACACACACACACACACACACACACACACACACACACACACACACACACACACACACACACACACACA